ACAAUUAAAUCGAAGUGAAGUCACCACGCUUUCGCCGCUAUUGCUGUUUGACAUUUGCCUGACAAUUGUCAUUUCGUUGCGCGUUUCCUUAUACAAAAUGCUGCUCACGGCCCCACUCCUAUCGAAGUCUACCUUUUUUGGGUCUUUGGUUAAUAAAUGCAGGCAAGUGAUAAAAAAUCAACCGUCCAAGUCUUCCAACAUUAAUGACAGACAAACGAACAAGAUUAACGAUUUACAAUCAUCAAAUUCUUUCACUGCCACACACUCCGUAACUGCUCCUAUCUCCAUCUCCUCUACCGACAGGCCAGCGGCCAUUGCCAACUUCAGUGUAUCCACAAAUGUCACAACAUCUGUACGCACACUUGAAGAGAAACUUGGUCUACCACCACGACCAAAGAAACCGCUCACACCCUACUUUCGCUACAUGCAGGAGCAACGUCCCAAAAUACUUGCGGAAAAUCCAAAAUUCAGCACCACCGACAUAGUGCGCGUGUUAUCGAAGCGUUGGAGUAAUGCAGAUGCCGCAUUGAAAAAACGCCUGCAGGACGACUACAAGCGUGAACAACAAGAGUUUGUGGAAAUUCGUGCCAAAUAUGAGGCGAAAAUGACUGAUGAACAACGUGCCGAACUGAAACAGCUUAAGCAAGAUGUACAAGACGCUAAAGACCGCCGAAUGAUGCGAAAGCGUAUUAAGGAACUCGGACGUCCGAAAAAACCUGCUUCUGCCUUCUUACGCUUUCUCAUACAAGAACGUACAAAUUCGCCACAAACGCCUAAACAAACAUACCGUGAAUGGCAUCAGAAGUGCACAGAAAAAUGGUCACGCCUCUCCGACAAGGAAAAAGAGGCGUACUUAAUAGAAUCCCGCAAAGACAUGGAAGUGUACAAAAAAGAAAUUGCGCUUUGGGAAGAGAAAAUGGUGCGCCUGGGAAAUAUUGAUGUUGUGCGUCAUGGUAAUUUGAUUGAUCCUCCAGAACCAAAACCAAAGGUUAUCAAACCAAUCGCCUAGUCGGGAUUACAAAUUAAAUAUUUUUACUUAUCUUUAUUCAUUUGUUGUAUUAGGUGCAUUUUAUUUACAUUUUUUGCAUAUAAAAUACAAAAAACAGGAGUACGUAUUUCGUUAAAAAGUA